CCUCUCUUUACUUUCACUUCCUCCUCGCUUCACUUCCUCGAGCCUCCAGCCGCCGUUCGGCUCAUGGAGACCGACACCGGAGCCCGCGAGCCGGCCCGGGACCUGCGGGCCCUGCGGGAGGACUACCGGGACUGGUACCUGCGGCCGGGGGCCGAGGCGGGGCCGUGCCGGGACCCCGGGCUGCUGGAGGCGGCCGCCCGGUACCUGCGGGGGGAGCCGGAGCCCCGGGCCGCCUUCAGCGUCCUGCGCUUCCCCGAGGCGCUGAGCGAGACCCGAGAGGCCCUGAGGAGCGACGGGCGGCGGCAGCUGGCCCGGUUCCUGAGGGCCGCCGAGCUGCUGGAGACCCUGAGCACCAACCUGCUGCUGCGGGGCUGGAGGCGGGAGCUGCGGAGCAUCAAGACCUACACGGGUGCGUUUGUUUACGUCCUCCUUCCGGGUCUUGGCUCCUCCACCCUCCAGUCCCUCCUGGCCUCCAUCGGCUACCUGCCCCCCCCGGAAGGCUCACUCAGGGAGUUCCGGCUCUGUGAGGACCCCGAUCCAGACCGAGCCCUGCUGCUGGGCUUCGAGCUGCUGCUGGCCCGCCUGGAGUGCCAGAACCUCCUGGACCUGCAGCACCAGGACCAGCUGGGACCAGAGGAUCUGCUGCAGGUUCUUCACAGAAGGUUCCAGCCUGACGAGUCACAGGAACCUCUGGAAGCAGCGACAGCAGUGAAGCAGCAGGAAGACGAGGACGAGGACAACAGGAGACAGGAGACGGUAGAGUCCAGAGAGAACCCUCCAGACCCUGCAGUUCCUCCUCUGCAGGUUCCUUCGCUCACCCCCAGACCCAAACCCCGACGGACCCGCCUGGUCCACGAAGACCAGUCCCUGAUGGAGAUGCAGGAGACCUACCCGGACCUGGCCUUCAGGGGCCGCAAGGUGGUCCUGGAGAGACCUCCCAGAGGGCACGGCAGCACCAGGAGCAGCAGGAGCAGCAGGUCCGGGAGAAACACCAAGCCUGCAGCUCCAGCUGAUGGAGGAGCAGCAGGGGGGGCAGGGGGGGCAGGGGGGCCAGGGGGGGCAGGGGGGGCAGGGGGGGCAGCUCCAGAGGAGCUCAGCGGUCCUCAGGCCAUUUCUCUGCACAUCACUCUGAGAGCCGGACUCACAGAGCAGAGCCUGAAACCUGAAGACCUCCAGCCCACAUCAGAGCAUGAGCCGCGGAAGCUGCCGGGCUCGCCGGGCUCGGUGGACGAGGAGACGAGCUGCGAGGCCUGGCGGAGAGGAUGGGCCAGCUGA